GCCUGACUGAUGUAAAGAACAGAGUCAGUGCCGAGGUCGGACUCGUGGCCGUGCAAAGGAAGAUCGUUCAAGUGUUCGCAAACUCGUGCUUUUGUUUUUGAUGCCAUGACAUGAGGCGUGCGCGUGACUUCAAAUAACAAAACAACAGUGACAGGUCGAAGCCCACGCGAAAUACUAAUUAAUCCUUGUUUUAUUUCGAGUCGGCAAUUUAACUUGUCCGACGAACUGCUUUUUGUUUUGUACUACUUCAAAUUCCACAUCAAGGCUAGCACAGCUCACGGCAGACGGUACUUUUGGGAGGCGUGUAGCUGUGGAGAUAGCGCGCGCAGCCGAUAACUUCAUCAGCGUGCGUUGCUUGUCUCAACGAGUCUAACUUUUCCUUUAUAUUACGAUAAGCAGUACGGUUUCAUCAUGAAUGUUUCAUUGCGGUGUCAACCGCGUCUUCGACGCAUUACGGCGAAAUGUAUCCAUCGGAGGAAGCGGUUCCUGCGGCACCUGUGAUCCAAGCGGGUGACUUCAUUCCCCUGCAGCCCCUUUCGGAGAAAGGGACAACUACUAGCCUGUCGAUAAGCUCGGCGUUCGAAGGGAAUGUGACCGUAAACAUGCCUCCGCCCAAGCCAGGUGUUUUCUUCUUUGGCUUACUGAUUUUGUCCGCUGCGUGGACUCUUGCUGGUGUCGCGAUUUUUGGCAUGUGUUUCUUUUUCUACAAGCACUACCAUGCGGCGAUAUGGGCCUUGGCAUCGGCAAUCUUUGCAGGAGGUGUCCUUCACCUUCAGAUUCUGCACCUCGCAAAGAGGCUUGACAUGUGGCACGAUGUGCACACGCUCGGAGGACUGAAAGUUCUUGGUGUCAUUGUAUCUGCUGGCAGCCUGGUUUCAUCCACAGCAUACUGGGCCUUUGUCAUCACUAGGCAUGAAGUGUUUUCCAUGGCUAGUGGUGCACUGUACCCUGCAGCUAUUCUGAGCACCAUCACUCUACUCUGGGGCCUUCUCCUCUACGGCAGUGCCAGGCAUUGCCAGAAGCGUGUUGCCGAAGCUCACCCGAGUCUUCUCGGCUACGGUGGUUUCAGCACCCCUGACGCAUAAGUGCUGCUUGGACCAUGAACUCCGUUUAAUUUUUUUGUACUUUUGUACAUAUAUAUGAAUUGUUAGUGCUGUGCAAGUAUUCUGUCUUGUAAAUAGCAAACUUCUUGAUCUUUUAUUACUUUUUUUAGUUGUUACUGUAUUGUAUUGAUUCCAUAAAUUAAAAGCUUUUUGUAAUUUUUCC